AUGUUGACAACUGCCAUCGGCUUUCUGGCUGUGUGGGCGACGGCUCAUGCUGCCCCUACUAAUUCCAAAUCCACUCCCACAGUCAAAGUUCUUAACGGAACUUAUGUGGGGACGCACAGCACGCAGUAUAACCAGGAUUAUUUCUUGGGUAUGCCAUACGCCCAACAGCCGGUGGGUAAUCUGCGAUUCACCGUGCCGCAGUCAUUGAAUGAGAGCUGGGACGGAACGCGCGAUGCAACAGAGUACUCGGAUAUUUGUGUUGGAUACGGGACGGACUCGAUCUGGUAUACUCAGUCCGAGGCUUGUCUCACCAUCAAUGUGAUCCGAGGCUCGUCGGCAACGGAGAAAUCUAAGCUUCCCGUUGCGGUCUGGAUUCACGGUGGCGGGUUCUACGAGGGAUCUGGGUCAGAUGAGCGAUACAACAUGUCGAGGAUCGUGGAAAACUCUCACAAUAUCGGUAAACCUUUCAUCGCCGUCUCGCUCAACUACAGACUCUCGGCCUGGGGCUGGAUAAGUUCAAGUCAGGUCUGGGGUAGCGGGAACACAAAUCUCGGCUUGCGAGAUCAGAGACUAGCCCUGCACUGGGUUCAGGAGAACAUUGCCGCAUUUGGCGGCGACCCCACAAAAGUCACAAUAUGGGGCGAGUCUGCAGGUGCCAUGUCAGUCGGCUACCAUCUCACAGCGUAUGGAGGACGAGACGACAAGCUCUUUCGGGCUGGUAUUAUGGAAUCUGGCGGUUCCAUCGCAGCCAGCCCGGCAAACUACACUAAAUUCCAAUCCACCUAUGACGAGCUCGUAUCUCAAGUGAAUUGUGCUGAUACAGCAGAUACACUGCAGUGUCUGCGGGAGGUGCCUUUUGCGACUCUUAACGCUGUUCUGAAUGGGACUGCCGGCUCCUCCGAGUAUAAUUUCUCGCCGGUGCUGGAUGGGGAUUUGAUUCGGAACUGGGGCAGUAUUCAGUUAAAUAGGCAUGAAUUUGUCAAAGUUCCGAUUCUGAUGGGGAGUAACACAGACGAGGGGACUGCUUUUGGUCCCACGGGCAUUAACACUACCCAGCAGUGGUAUGAUUAUCUGACCGAUGGGGGAUUCGAUUUCCAAACGCCACCGUCGAUUGCCGAUGAAAUUCUCAAACUUUAUCCCGAUAUCCCAUCGCUAGGAAUCCCCGCGUUCCUAGGCGACGAGCGAGUUCCAGCUAUGGGCUGGGAGUGGCGACGAACCUCUGCCUUUGCAGGUGAUUUUACCAUGCACGCGAACCGGCGCCGGCAAUGCGAGGCUUGGACAGAGACUUCUACCACAGCAUAUUGUUACCGGUUCAACGUACACGCAGCAGACACACCAGUCAUCGUCGGGGCGACUCAUUUCGAGGAGGUAUCAUUUGUGUUCAACAAUAUCUAUGGACUGGGAUAUCACUACGGGAAGCCGUUUGCCGGGGUUCCACAGUCAUACUACGAUCUCAGUUCAAUGAUGACGAGUAUGUGGGCCUCGUUUAUCCACGAUCUGGACCCAAAUCCUGGGACCGUGAACGCCUCGGUACAUUGGGAUGCGUAUGGAGCGGAUAGCCCGGUCGACCUCUUUCUCAAUUCGAAUACGACUAGUCAUAUGGAGGCUGAUACAUGGCGGGAGAAGCCGAUUGCGUAUCUUAAUUCGGUGGCUGGGGCAUUCUGGCGAUGA